AAAAUUAGAAAAGAAAGGAAAAGGGUGGAAAGAAAUUGCCAUCGAGAUGGUGAAUGAGUGAGAAUCAUGUGAGCUGCCUCUCUCUCUCUCUCUCUCUCUCUCUCUCUCAAAAGCAACAAGCUUGUUGAACCCAACAACCACUUUUACUUUGUUCAAGAGUAUAUUUGAGCGCUGAGAGCUUUUUUCUACUCCUUCUUGGUUUCAAUGGCUUCAAGCGUCUCUAGGUUCAUCAAGUGUGUGACAGUGGGAGAUGGGGCUGUGGGGAAGACGUGCAUGCUUAUUUGCUACACAAGUAACAAAUUCCCGACUGAUUAUAUACCAACGGUGUUUGAUAACUUCAGUGCAAAUGUGGUAGUUGAAGGCACCACUGUCAACUUGGGUCUCUGGGACACGGCUGGGCAAGAGGAUUACAAUAGAUUAAGACCAUUGAGCUACAGAGGGGCAGAUGUCUUUGUAUUAGCUUUCUCAUUAGUCAGUCGUGCAAGCUACGAAAACGUACUAAAAAAGUGGAUCCCCGAACUUCAGCAUUAUGCCCCUGGAAUUCCUGUGGUGCUGGUUGGUACCAAAUUGGAUCUUCGUGAUGAUAAGCACUAUUUGACUGAUCACCCUGGAUUGAUGCCUGUGACAACUGCACAGGGUGUGGAACUCUCUAAACAGAUUGGUGCUACAUAUUAUAUAGAAUGCAGCUCAAGAACUCAGCAGAAUGUGAAAGCAAUUUUUGAUGCUGCAAUCAAGAUGGUUCUCAAGCCACAACAGAAGCAAAAAGAGAGGAAGAAAAAGCCACGUCGCGGAUGUUUAUCAAAUCUGCUUCCAGGGAGGAGUCUCAUCUGUCUCAAAUGAAACCACCUACUCUGGAAUUUCUACCUUGGCCAUGUCACCCAGAAGCUGCAGUCUGCUGUAGGGAUCAUGUUUCUGAAGUAUGUCUUAGCAUAGCUCUCUAUAAAGGUCACCUGCUCUGAGACUAUUUUCUUUUUUGUCAUAAUUAUCAGGAAAAAAGUAAAUCCUUCCACUCUAAUCUUUGUUUAUUUGUUCAUUGUAAAGAAUUUAAGUCCUAAGUUUUUUGUCAUUUCUUCCCUUUUUGUGUAUUCCAAGCAAGAGAACAGGUCUGUUGAAUUGACUCUAUUCAAGAUAUAGUCCUAAAUUAGCUGUAAUCAAGAAAUGAUGAAUUAGUAAACUUCACAAGGUGAACUUGUAAGAA